UGCCGAAGCUCCUCUAGCUGGCUCCGCUCGUCUCGCUGGUGCGCAGCUGUCGAGCCGCGGGUUCGGCUCCGCUCGAACUAAGUUGCACUCGCUCCUGGGGCCGUGGACCGACAGACGGACGACGCCACAGUCAUUCGUUCCCAUUAAACUGGGUCUCGGUUUCUUAUGUUAAAUGAUGUUCUAGUUCAUACCCUCAUGACAUCACAUCAGCUACCAGACCCUUUUGGCGUCUGCAACCCUAACGUAGAUUUAAGGAUACGUGAGUGUGUAAACGACAAUAGAUUAUGAGUUUCCUGAUGGCAUUUAAAAUACAGCCACAUGUCAACUGUGAUGGCAACUGAGACAGAAAAGACCUUUGCUCUCCUCCAGACAUUUAGCACUCUCUCUGUCAUUUCUAGCCUUGGUUUAGGUUUAUUCUGCUUUGUAGCAGAUAGACUUUUUCAGUUUUCUUUCAUUCAGCAAAAUGAUUGGCUUAGAGCUCUCUCUGAUAAUGCAGUGCAUGGUAUAAUUGGAAUGUGGUCAUGGGCAAUAGUAAUUGGACUCAAAAAGAAGAGUGAUUUCGGAGAAGUAAUUUUGGCUGGAUUUUUAGCCUCUUUUAUUGAUGUGGACCAUUUUUUUCUAGCUGGAUCUCUAUCUUUAAAGGCUGCUUUGAACCUUCCACACAGGCCUUUUCUCCACUGUUCUACUCUGAUCCCUAUUGUAGUUCUGACACUAAAGUUGAUUAUGCACCUUUUCCGGCUCAAAGACUCAUGGUGCUUUCUUCCCUGGAUGUUAUUUAUAUCUUGGACUUCUCACCAUGUUCGGGAUGGAAUUCGUCAUGGCUUAUGGAUUUGCCCUUUUGGAAAAACUUCUCCCCUGCCAUAUUGGCUCUAUGUGACAAUCACAGCAUCUUUACCUCACUUAUGUUCAUUCAUUAUGUAUCUAACAGGGACCAGAGAGAUGAUGUCUAUAAAACAUGGAAUGCAUAUUGAUGUCUAAGGAAAGCAGGUGGCAACUUUUGGAGAACACUGUUUAAAAGUAAUCAUUGAAUGUACUUAUCAUUGAAGUGAAUUUUUAAAUACAUGUCACUUCUGCAGCAAUUGUUUAGUUACUUUGGAUCUAUAAUUGUUUUGCAUGAUAAACAAAAUGAUUUUAAUGUGAAGAAUCUCAUUUAUACAGUUCUUUUGUUUCUUCUAAUGCAGCUUUUUUAUACCCUGUUCAGUUUUUCUUGCUUUAUUUAUCAGCAUUUUGGGUUUUUGUUUUAUUUAUUAUUUAAGUCAUGAUUGUUUCCAUAAAAGAAUUUUAAGGGGCCAUUUCCAAGCAAUCUUCCAUAUUUGUUGAGUUGAUUUGAAUUGAAAUUUUGGAGAAUUAUACUUUUGAGCAGCCUAUUUCCUUCUGAAAAGAAGCUCAGGGUCUAGGUUGCCCAAGUUCUAGACAGCUAACAUUAUAUUGAGCUACUUAACUCCUGUGAAUCUUGAAGCACUGAAAUAACUAAAAUUGAAUGCUGUUUUUAUGUAAAUAUGACUGCUAGUAUUUAUUCUGAAUUUUUAUCUUGCCUGAAAAUACAACUUGCCAGGUGCUAAUUGUUAACUUAGGAAAGAAUUAGUUUAUCUAAAUGGGAUAUUGGGAGGGAUUUGUAGAUGGUAUCGGGGAAGUUGGAAUUCAUGAAUGAUAUUAUCUAAUGUUAGAAUUAAUUCAUUAUUUCAGGAAAUACAUUCCUGCUACAAUAAAGUAUUAGCUAUAAUGUAAUGGUUAUAAUAAUAUUUUAUCCAAGUAUUGUCUAUUGAGACCUUUUGCCCAUGAAUCCCAUGCACAGGGGUUUUAUCUGUUUUAAGAGCAAUACUACUACUACUACUACUACUAGAUAUGAAUAUGUCUACACUGUUUACAGAAUAAUAGUUAAAUGGAUUUUUUGGGUAUGUCAGUGGAACUUUAACUGACCUUUGAUCUAUAAGCAUAACCACUAAUAAUGUAAUAUUAAAUAUAGGAUCACAUAUAUGCCAUUAAGGCUAUUCCAGUUGCCAUCAAUUUGUUUAUAUGAUUUGUCAAAAUAAUGUAUCAAAUGAUUAAGAAAAACUAAAUUGCUUGCUACUUAAAAGGAAAAGUAUAAAUUUUUCCAAAAUAGUCUAGCUUAAGGAAACUUAUUUUUUGCUAUAUUCCUUUAAAUCAGCGUCUGUUAAACUGGUUAAGUUUAAAGGAGAAAUGAACAACUGUAACUCUUGGAUUUACUUUCAGUUUAUUGCUACCUUCCUGAAGGUCAGUGCAUUCAGGGUCACAUGAUACACUUUACUGCACACAAAAUCCAUUGUCUUCAGAUGUUAUUUAUAUUUUCUUACGGAUAUGUGAACUAUAAUGCCAAUAAUGAUGUGUGCCUUAAUCUGUGAGAAAUUAUGAAUGAUUCAUGGAGCCUACUUGAGAAAAGUAGAUUUUUAAAAUAUAACACCAAAUUCAGUAAAUUAUCAUUAAGGUCUACCCAGAUUCUAAUUCAUUUAAGUUCAUCAUUGAAACAGGACACCCUUUAUUCUUCCCUUGUUCCCAAAGAGGAAAAAUAACCUAUUUUCAGAAAUGAAUCAAUCAAAGCAGGGUUAUUCUUUUGUUUACUUUCUUUUUAAUUAAGUUUUAAAAUACUUCAUAUUUUUCUUUCUUCAAACCAGAUUGGAAUUAAAAUACAGCCUGUCAUUAAAGAAUGUUA